AUGGCCGGAGUAGGGAAGUCGAUUAAUAUACAGACCGCAACUGUGGAAGAAUUAAAACAGAUAAGAUAUUAUGUAGGAGAUAAAAUAGCUGAACGUAUAGUUCAAAUUAGGGAAAGUCAAGAUAUACCCAUAACAUUAUAUCAAAUAUUAAGCCUAGGGAAGUUAAGUCACUGGGAAAUGGUAGAGACAGGUGAAAUUAUAGGACUUGAAAUCCCCGACCCAUUGUCUGACUUAGAUAAAUUAACGUUAAAUACGACACCAGACAUCCCUCAGGUGAAUUUUAAAUCUGAGUCUGAUACCGAAUCGGUUAAAGUUAACACCAGUGACCUUAACGUUGAUGCUGUAUCCAAUAUAAUUCAAGAUACAAUCGCAGUAACGGCGAAUACAGGGAGGCCAGGCAGAGUUUCCCUAGAUAUUCUGGGCAGAUCUCGAUACGAUAGUCGUACUUGGACGAAUGGCAAUCGAUAUAAUAGACCGUAUCGAGACCAAGAACAACCUAGGCGAUACGAACGUUAUAAUAAUAGCCAAGAACAGGAUCGUGAACCUCCUCAUCGUUAUAACGAUAGACGUUCCAGUAACUUUGACAGGGACUAUAGAGUAAGACGCAGUGACAGGUCAGAGUCGGAAACUGAACAUUCUCAGUCUGACUCCGGACGAUCUCGAAGACGGGGAAAGAGAAAUAAUAACUCGUCUCCAAUUCGUGAUAUGAGUCGAAUCAUAGAAGUAGUUCAAGGUCUAAUGACACUUCGCCAGAUGCUAGGAUACGAUUAUCGAAACAAUUAA